GAGGAGGCCUCAAGGGAGACACAGGACACGCUGGAGGGACUAUGUCUCUCGACUGGCCUGGGAACAAAUCGGGAUUGCGCUAGAGGAGCUGGAUGAAGUGUUUGGGGAGAGGGACCCUUCAGCUUGGCCCCAGAAAAGCUUCACUGUUCGUGGUCCCUCUGCUCCUUUGUCUGCUCCUCUGGGAUCUUCAGUGGUUUUGCCCUGUUAUGUUGAUGAAGCUUUACCAGUGGAGGAUCUGGAGGUGGAAUGGAGAAGAGCAGACUCAGAGACUCUGAUUCAUCUGUAUCAAGAUGGUGAGAGUCGAGCAGAGGUCCAGCAGCAGGAUUAUCAUGAUAGAGCUCAUUUCUUUACUGAGGAGAUUCAACAUGGAAACUUCUCCCUCCGUCUGAACAAUCUGACAGCUGAAGAUAAGGGAGAAUACACGUGUACAGUUUACAGUCAGCAAAAUGCUGUGUUUUCAACUAAAACAAACCUGGAAGUUGGAAUACUUGAUGCAUAUUUCCAUCUUCAGAUGUUUUUGGUCAUCUGUCCAAAUAUGAUCAUGUCCUGUGCUUUUGCCUUGUGGGGUAUUUCUGAAGGAUCUCUGAAUGAGUCGGUCUCUUGCUGUGCUCUUUAUUUUCUGAGGCCUCUUUUGUUGCUCUGGGCUGCUCCAUUUAUCAGUAACUUCACAGGCAACAUUAAAACAUUGAUUCUGAAAUACAGUUAUGUUGCUGAAUAUGUGUCUCUCUCAAUUGUUAUUUAUACAGCUCUUUUUGCUACAGCUUUUGAAAAACUUGUGAACUAUGCAGAGUUUGAGAAACACAUGAUAAUAGUGCUGUUUGCAGUUGUUUUUCUGUGCUGCCUUUGCAAAAUUGUUUACAUUUUAGCUAAACAAAUCGGAAAGAAAUGUGGACAGAUAAUUAACACACUUGACAUUGUGGCCGAUAUGAUCUUUGAAAUUCUGCCUACAUUACAAUUCAUCCUCCUCUUCUUCACAUUUGGAUCUGUCAGUGGAGCGUUCAUCAUUGUUGUCAUUUUACCACUAUUAAUGAUGAUGACGAACGACACAUGGUUUUUCAGAUGCUAUGAUAGACUCAACUGUUCUGAAUCAAUCAUGAGAACUGUGAUGUUAAUCUUCAUAUUACUGAUUAAUGCAGCAAUGAUCGGCCUUUACAUAUUGACACUGGAAAAUAAAACAGAUGCCAUUGGAUGGGCCUGUGUGAUGCUGUUUCUCCAAAUCCUCUGGGCCAUUAUGAAGUUUACAGUAUAUUUUCUUGAUUUUGACAAUGUUUUCCAUCGUGUUGUUGCUGUCUAUGUGUUUGGAUCAGUUGGUAUUGUUUUAUUGAACUCUGUUACUCUGAUGACUGAACUCAUACUGAAAACAGUGAAUGGUGAUCGUAUGCUGGAAGAUCUGCGAUUCAUUGUCUUCCCUUCUGAAUGCGUCUUUGCCAUAUCUCUGCUGAUUUCUGGAUUAUUUCCGUCUAGUGUUGUGAAGUGUCUGCAGUUUUUUCAGAAAAGGGUGAAAUCUAAAGACACUCAAAAGCAAAACACAACGGGAUCACAAGAACUGACCAAUCUGAAUGCUGAAUAUCAGGAUGAAGAUCUGCUUGAUUCAAAGAAAACACAAAAAAAUCAGUGAUGGAAGGAUGGAUUUUUUUCAGGCUUCCUCUGCAGACUGCACAAGAUAUCAAAACACACUUGUUCGGCAAAACUGCUUUAACACAAUUUGAGUUGUAAAAAAUAAAAUAUGAAAAUGAC